UGUCUAAAUAAUUAAGUAGGCGCCAAAGUAGCUAGUUUUUAUGCGUCACACGACUCUCACUUGGGCAAAUGUUGUGUGAGUGAGUGAAUUGCAUGGCGAAAAAUAGCAAAGUGUCAUGUGUGCAUCGCAUGUGUUAGAGCCGAAUAAAAGUCUCUCAAGUGACAAGCUACCAAAUUGUGUUGGGGAACCGAACACGAACAUUAAAAAAAACACAAAACGUCCAAAAAAAGAAUCAACAACAAUUCCACUGCAAUGCAUUUUUGUACUGAGUGGUCGCAAUAAACUCGACAUCGAUUUUGUAAAUAUACAUUUUUAGCUGCAUCGUUAAAAAUACCAUAUUUUUUUUCACUUGUGAUAACGGCCAACACAAUCCAGUUGGCUGUGUGUACCGAUUGUGGCAUAAACAUUUUGAUCGGAAAUUGAUUGGAAAAUUGUUGUAAACAAAAAUGGGUCGAAAAGUAACAGUUGCCGUUUCAACGCUCAAUCAAUGGGCUCUGGAUUUUGAUGGGAACCAUUCACGUAUACUACAAUCAAUCAUCGAAGCGCGUGAGAUGGGCGCAACAUAUCGGACUGGACCCGAAUUAGAAAUUACCGGUUAUUCAUGCGAAGACCAUUUUCUCGAGCCCGAUACAUUUCUGCAUUCAUGGGAAGUUCUGCUACAAUUACUACUCUCACCGUUAUGUCAGAAUAUGUUGAUUGACGUCGGUAUGCCGAUACAGCAUCGUAAUGUGUCAUACAAUUGCCGGGUUCUUUUUCUCAACAAGAAAAUCAUUUUUAUUCGACCGAAAUUGUCGAAUUGUGACGAUGGAAACUAUCGUGAAACAAGAUGGUUUACACCCUGGGCUAAGCGUUUUCAAUUGGAAGAGUUCUACUUGCCUCGCAUGAUUGCACGAAAAAUAGACCAAGAAACUUGUCCAAUUGGUGAUGCAUUAGUCGCAACUCGUGAUACAUGUUUGGGACAUGAAGUGUGCGAAGAAUUAUGGAAUGUAAAAAGUACACACAUUGAAAUGUCCUUAGCUGGUGCUGAAAUCAUUGUAAAUCCUUCCGGAAGCUAUAUGCAAUUGCGAAAAGCGUAUGUGGUAACUGAUCUUGUAAAAAUGGCCAGUUCAAAAGCGGGCGGUGCAUAUUUAUACAGUAAUUUACGUGGUUGUGAUGGUCAACGUAUGCUAUUCAAUGGUUGUUCGGCAGUCGCUUUGAAUGGCGAUAUAAUAGCGCGCGGAAAGCAAUUCUCGUUGCAAGAUGUGGAAGUGACUUGCGCAACGUUUGAUUUGGAAGAUAUACGUGCAUACCGAAUUGCGAUACGUUCGCGAUGCCAAUCAGCCGCGUCAGCAGUGAAUUAUCCACGAGUCAAUAUUGAUUUCGAGUUAACAAAACCUUAUGAUUUACUUACGUCGACGAGCGCACCUAUGGAUUGGAUCUAUCACACUCCCGAAGAGGAAAUAGCCUACGGGCCUGGAGCUUGGCUUUGGGAUUAUCUGCGUCGCAGCGGACAGGGUGGAUUUUUCUUGCCGUUGAGCGGUGGCGUUGAUUCGAGUUCAACGGCAACAAUUGUACAUGCCAUGUGCCGAAUGAUUGUGAGCUCGAUUCAAGGCGGCGAUAUACAAGUACUUGACGAUGUACGGAAAAUUCUUAACGAUCCACAAUUUGUGCCGGAAAAUGCAGCCGCCUUGUGCAAUCGAUUGUUGGUGACAUGUUACAUGGGCGGCCAAAAUUCAAGUGAAAAAACACGCAAAUUUGCAUCCACACUGGCAAGCCAGUUGGGAAGCUAUCACUUGGAAAUAAACAUUGAUUCGGCCAUCAGUGCCUUAUUGAGUAUAUUCCAACUUACUACAGGAACAUCGCCAAAGUUUCGUAGGCAUGGUGGAUGUGCCAGACAAAACUUGGCACUGCAGAAUAUCCAAGCUCGAAUUCGAAUGGUUUUAGCGUAUUUGUUUGCACAACUUAUGCUAUGGGUGCGAAAUCGUCCCGGUGGAUUGUUGGUCUUGGGAUCAGCCAAUGUUGAUGAAUCGCUGCGAGGUUAUAUGACCAAAUAUGACUGUUCAAGUGCAGAUAUCAAUCCGAUUGGUGGCAUCUCCAAGACGGAUUUAAAAUCAUUUUUGAAUUUUGCCAAAACGAAAUUUGAUAUACCAAUUAUUACCGAAAUCAUUGAUCAGCCACCAACUGCUGAACUGGAACCCCUUGAAGAUGGCCAAAUCAGUCAAACGGACGAACAAGACAUGGGAAUGACCUAUGUUGAAUUGAGCCAAUUCGGAAGAUUACGGAAGCAACAGUAUUGCGGUCCGUACAGUAUGUUCUGUCGUUUAGUGUCAACUUGGGGAAGCCACUGUACACCCAAGGAGGUGGCCGAUAAGGUCAAACACUUCUUCCGUUGCUACGCCAUCAACCGACAUAAAAUGACCGUUCUCACUCCAUCAGUGCAUGCAGAGUCAUACAGUCCCGAUGACAAUAGAUUUGAUCAUCGGCCAUUUCUCUAUCGAGCCAAUUGGUCAUGGCAAUUCAAAGCGAUCGAUGAAGAGUUGAAAAAGUUGUCGAUUCAAAAGACCAGUAAAAAAGAUGCAUCACGAGAUGAACAGGACAAUUCGAUACCGCGACGUCAUUCGCAGAAGGAGAUCAAAUCUUCAUUGUCAACACUGUCAUUCAGUGGACACGAUGCAUUUGGCGGUGAAAAACGACACUCACUUCGAUCCAAUAGUUCGGUUAUGGGAAAAAUAAAAGACAGGACUGGCAUUCCCGUGUAAAUGUUCACAAAAUAUUCCAGUAUAAAAGCAAUGUUCAAUUAGACUGUUAGUUCAUUUAGAUGAAUUUCAUAACUUAUGAUUCUAGAAGCUUUAAUUUCUUUAGGGAACAAUAAAUUUAAAGAAAAAAAAACACAAAAAAUUGACUUAAAUCUUUUUGAGAUUGCCAACGGAAUUUAGUAGUGAAUUAUACAAUCAUAUCAUUCUUCGAAAUUAUAGUUGCCUCAUCAAAAUUCUAUAUUCUAAAAAACAUCGAUUCUAAAUUAGCCUUCAAAACAACAAUUUGUAGCACAAACGGCACUUGGCCCAACUGAUAAUAAAACUUUUUUUAGAGACAACUUAUUAGAACCAAACACUAAGUAGAUAUUUCUCUUUCAAAUGUACAGAACGUAUACAGCAUGAAUAAAUCUUUAGAAAACAAAAGCCAA